ACUACAGCUACUUCCAGUCGCUCCGACAGUCAUAUCGACAAUGUUUGUUUUCAAGUUUUAGUUAAAUUUUUAAAAAUGAAGAUCGUUCUCCAAAAUGUGUUGUGGCUGCUCGUCUUCGUGGCGUACCAAUAUUUCUGUCUGGCCAAUGAGUCCGCUACUAUAGGAGUAAUUUUCAGCGAGGAAAUCAAUCAGUCCGCGGUUGUGCUGAAAUCCACAAUACACAAAAAGAACACUUUCGACCACAUCGUUUAUUUUAGGACCAACGUUAAACAGGUGUCCAAAUAUGAUUCCUUCGAAGCCAGCAAGACCUUAUGUAAAAUAUUGGCAGAAGACGACGGAGUCGCAGCAGUGAUAAGCCUGAAUUCACCGACGAUCGCCCUACUGGAAUCGAUAUGCGCCCAGUUCGAAGUGCCAUUCUUCAUGACUUCAUGGAAAGCUCCUACUACUAGACAAGUCGAGACUGUUUUCAAUUUCUUUCCGAAAGCAGAACUCUUCUCGCAAGCACUAGCAGAAGUGGUGAGGAGCUUGCAGUGGAGCAGCUUCGUCAUCGUCUACGAACACGAAGAAGGCCUCGUCAGGAUGCAGGACAUCUUAAAGCUUCAGGACAUCUCACACGACAGCAAGCAUAAUAAUAUUCGAGUUAAGCAGUUAGGCCCAGGUGACGACCAUCGGUCAUUACUGAAAGAAAUAAAGAAUGCCUCGGAAACCAACAUAAUUUUGGAUUGUGAAACAGAACACAUAAUACCAAUCCUAAAGCAAGCUAAAGAUCAGAACUUAUUAAAUAUAAAUAACAACUACUUUUUAACAUCAUUGGACGCGCACACACUGAAUUACACAGAAUUGCGCACCGCUGCAAAUAUAACUACUAUAAGGCUCUUUAAUUAUAACACUGAAGACUUUAACAACAUUUUGGAGAGAUGGAAGCUGCUCAACAGUUACGACAAGAUGAUUUCUCUUGAGGGGCAUCAGAUCAGGACGGAAACGGUGCUUUUCCACGACGCACUGCUGCACCUCACCACUUCCAUAAACGAAUUAUUAAAGACCGAGAAGAGCAUAAGGUCCAACUCCAUCAACUGCUUUGGAAGCACAACCUCCAGAAACGGAUACACCUUUGCAUCGUACAUGAAAGAGAGAAAACCUUUGCUGACCCUAUCUGGCCCUAUAGAAUUCGACAAUUAUGGAAAUCGCAUCGAUUUUAACAUACACGUGGUGGAUGUUAUUGAAAACCAGAUACUUGCGGAUUGGUACGCAAGCAACUCGUCGCUGGUUUUGCGCAGAAACUCCAACGAAAGGGAAUUCGCGGCAGUCACAAAUCUCCAAAAGAUUGUCGUGAAUGUGACGUCCAGGCUUGGUGACCCUUAUUUAAUGAAGAAAACCCCUGAAGAGGGUAAGACAUUGUAUGGAAACGACAGGUAUGAAGGUUACUCGAUGGAUUUAAUCCAAGAAAUAGCAAAUAUUAUCGGCUUCAGAUUUGAAUUUCAUUUAACUAAAGACGGACAAUACGGCAAAUGGGAUGAAAGCCAAAAGAGAUGGACGGGACUAGUUGGAGAUCUCUUAGAGGGGAGGGCACAACUAGCCAUUUGCGACUUGACAAUCACUCAUCAAAGAAGAGAAGCUGUUGAUUUCAGCACCCCAUUUAUGAGUUUAGGUAUAAGCAUUUUAUAUAAAGAAGAAGCAGAAGAGGACAUCAACAUGUUCGCCUUCUUAGAUCCCUUUUCGAUGCCCAUCUGGAUAUAUACAGCCACAUUGUAUCUGGUUAUUUCUGUCGUAUUAUAUUUCAUAUCGAGGAUGACUCCUGGAGAUUGGGAAAAUCCGCACCCGUGCAAUGAAAAUCCAGAGGAACUGGAAAAUAUAUGGAGCAUCAAGAACUGCCUGUGGUUAACCUUGGGGUCCAUAAUGACGCAAGGCUGCGAUAUAUUGCCAAAAGGGAUAUCAUCGAGAAUGGCGGUUUCGAUGUGGUGGUUCUUCUCCCUCAUCGUGACCAGCUCCUACACGGCAAACCUGGCUGCUUUCCUGACCAAAGACAGAAUGGAAUCCAGCAUUAAAGGAGCCGAGGAUCUCGCGAAACAGACCAAAAUUAAAUACGGCGUGGUGGACGGGGGAUCGACCAUGAGCUUCUUCAAAGAUAGCAACGUCAGCACUUACAAGAGGAUGUGGAUAAACAUGGAAUCGACCAGGCCCAGCGUCUUCGAGAAACAUAACAAUGACGGUGUCAAGAGGGUUCAAUCGCAAAAAGGAAACUACGCUUUUCUGAUGGAAUCUACUCAAAUCGAAUACGAAAUAGAAACCAAAUGCGAUCUGAAACAAGUGGGCGGCUCCUUAGAUUCGAAGAGCUUUGGCAUCGCGAUGCCAAUGAAUUCCGGUUAUAGAACUGCCAUCAAUAAAGCCAUCUUGAAGCUCCAAGAAAAUGGAAAACUGAAAGAAUUAAAAGAAACGUGGUGGAAGAAAAAGAGGAAAGAACCUUCUUGUGAAACAGUUGAAGCUAAGGACACAACGAAUAGUCCGGAAUUGGCUCUAGCUAACGUUGGGGGUGUGUUUUUCGUACUAGGGAUUGGCAUAGCAAUAGCAGUUACGGUAGCCAUAUGUGAAUUCCUGUGGAACGUUAGAAGUGUAUCCGUAGAUGAGCAUUUGACGUACUGGGAAGCGUUGAAAGUGGAGUUCAAGUUUGCUUGCAACGUAUGGAUAACAAAGAAGAGAAUAAAACCAGUAAUCGCCGAGUCCUCGUCGGCCGGAAGUAACAAGAACGACAACAAAAGCAUGAUACACAGCAUUUUUCAGAGUGCUGGAUCACUUCUGAAUUUGAACAACUAACUAAAAAAAAAUGAUUUUGUAUCGUAUACAUACGUUAUAACGAAAAUAAAACACCAGACAUUGAUAGAA